AUGUCGGCAGCGCCGACAACACCAACGCCGGAGGACCCCGCUCUCUACGAGUCACGGGCUGGGGUGCCAAUCGCUGUAGUCUCAACCGUACUCGCCAUUUCCACUGCCGCAGUUGGUCUGCGGUCCUAUUGCCGGGCCGUGAUAGUUCGUCAGUUCGGAAUCGACGACUGGGCCGCCGUUGCCGCCCUGCUUUUGGCCAUAGGUAGUGGGAUCACGAUCGCCGCAGGUACCAUGUAUGGCAGUGGCAGGCAUAUGAAAGCGCUGGACCCAACAGAGAUCUACAAGUACUUUCGAGCAUUCUACGUCUCGAUUGUGCUGUACAACGCAUCCUUGACCGCGACAAAGCUUACCUUCCUGCUUCAGUACUACCGCAUCCUGGGAACGGGGCCGAUGAAACGCGCCAUAAUCGCCGCCUUCGUCAUUGUAGCCUUGUGGUCGACAUCACAGCUUCUUGUCAACAUUUUCCAGUGCACUCCCAUCCAUCGGUUUUGGGUUCCCGACAUCCCAGGAACUUGCAUCCCACCUCUGCCGUUCUGGUACAUCAACGCCGCGGGCAACAUUGUGACCGAUAUCAUUGUCUUCAUCAUCCCCCUUCCGGCCCUGAGCCGUCUAAACCUUCGCAGGGGCCAGAAAUUCGCCCUGGUCGGCGUCUUCAGCCUCGGCUUCUUUACCUGCGCCAUCUCGGUCAUCCGUAUACAGUACCUCCACCUAAGCGAGGACGUCACAUGGGACAAUGUUGGUGCAUCUUGCUGGUCGAUCGGCGAAGUUUGCUCGGGUAUCACAUGUGCCUGCCUCCCAACUCUGCGGCCCCUGAUCCCUCGAUGGUUCCCGUUUAUGGGCUUGCAGGCCUGGCAGAGCGAUCCUAGUAGACAUUACUACCACAAGUCAUCGGACCGCGGCAAAUCCAGUGCCACUGGCAACGGCGGCAAUGUCCCUGACAACGGCAGCACCAGGGCCAUCAUAUAUCCGGAGGACCUAGAGCUGCAAACCGUUGACAGGUUAGAAAAGGGAUCCUGGGCAACCCGGGCCGAAUUGGACCAGGUAGAACCGAGCCAUCAAAAGCAUGGCAAAAUCGCCAAUAAGUCUGGACUGGGAUUGAAGCCGACUGUGACGACCGAGAUUAGAGUGGGCCCGCGAGCCUCCGACUCGGGGUCAUCGACCGGCAGCGGGAUCAGGGUCAAGAGAGAUUUCAUCAUGACCAAGGAGUCCAAGUGA